AUGGCGCCCUCAGCACUCGACCUCCUAGUCCUGACCCUGAAUUGUGCAAAAGAGCUCAUCAACGUGGGCAUCUUUGCGAAGCAUCUCCAGACAGCCCUGCUGAAAGAGGGCGGCGGGUCGACGCUGCCCGACGUCGUAGUCUUCUCUCUACAAGAAGUCGCGCCGCUGGGGCAUUCCUUUGUGGGAGGAUACUUCCUUAACCCAUACCUCACCCGCUUCGAAGACGCCGUCAACCUCGCUGCGCUGAACAUUCUCGACGACCAACGCGACGCGGAUUUCGUCUCCGUGACACAGACCCCGCCAGCAGAUCGACCCAAGAAACCAUACAGCAUCGUCAAGAGCGGCAAUGUGGGGUACACGGCCAUUGUGCUCCUGGCACGGAACCCAGACCAGAUCAAGGACGUGCGGGAGGCCGAGAUUGGGUUUGGAGCCGCCGACAUGGGCAACAAGGGCGCCGUGGGGCUGAGAAUGCUGUUCGAGGCAGACGAUGGGCAGGAGACGCAGGUCACGUUUGUGGCGACACACCUGGCGGCCAUGGAGUGGAAUCUCGCGCGUCGCAACGCCAACUGGGCCUCCAUCGUCCGAGGCCUCACGUUUGGCAACCCAGAAGACGUUGUCGCCAAGGCGCGCAGGCUGUCCUCGGUCGAGGACAAUGGCGAGACGAGGAGCCUCCUGCACGACGAGAACCACCAUGCGCGGCUGCAGAAAGAACUGCACGCGAUAUCUGUCUUCAGGCCGUCCUCCCACCUGUUUGUCGCGGGCGACUUGAACUACCGCAUCUCGACAACCUCACCUCCCGUGGGCGCGUCGUUCCCCAGCGUGGAUCCGGACUCGGAGCACCACUAUACGCACUUUUGGCAUCUGGAUCAACUCACCCGGGAGAAGGCCGCUGGGCGGACCUUGCAUGGGCUGAGUGAGGCCAAGGUCACUUUUCCCCCAACGUACAAAUACGUGGUGAAGGCCAAGGGCAAGGAUGACGAGUCGCCCAAGUGGAGCUUCGCGCCGCACAGGUACCCCGGUUGGACGGAUCGGGUGCUCUACCUGGAUACACCAUCGUCCGUGGACCACAAGGUUGAUGUGAAAGGAUACGACGCCAUGCCCGUGAUCGCCUCAAGCGACCAUCGGGCAGUGUACCUCCGGGCGUCAGUGCCGCUGUUGAGCCCUGAGGAUAUGGAGUGUAGCCUCUUGCAUGAGAGCGAUGAUCCGAGGGUUAAGUUGCCGCUGGAGAUUGACCCUGAAGCGUGGGAGAGAAGAGCUGCGGCGAGGAGGAAGGAGGUUAUGGUCGGAUGGGGCAUGAUGAUUGGGACGACAUGGGAAGGGGUUCUGGCCCUGGGCACCUUGCUGGCGGUGGGUCUUGGAUGGUACUGGUAUACAACGAGCAACGCGAGGCCUUGA